AUGAACAACUUUACCUUGAUAACAGCUUUAAGUCUCUGCAGCUUCUGCUGGAUGUCCGUCUCAGUGUCACAGUGUCAGACUGUGGAGGUCCAGGCUGGUGGAGAAGUCACACUGCUGUCUGCCAACACAUCCACAUAUGAUGCGAUGUCAUUCUGGUUCAGACUGGUGAACAGAUCCAAGGCCAGCUGCAUCUCUGUUAUGUUCAACUCUGUUAGCAAAGCUUCAUACUGUGAGGGAUUUGAAAAUGGAAAAUUUGAUAUGACAGCCAACAUCACCACUCUCUCUCUCAAAAUCAAAGAAGUGGAUUCAUCUGACUCUGGACUGUAUUUCUGUGGAGUUUAUGCUGCUGGGCGUCUAACUUUCAAUGUGAUACAUUUAAAUGUUGAAGAAUGCAGUCGAGAGCCACACGAUGACGGGGACAGCAAGUGUAAAACGACAAAGCUGACAAGUGUGAUCCUGACCGGUCUGACUGUUCUCCUUGUAAUGGUCGUCAUCGGUCUGGUUGUUAGAAACAGGAAGCUUCAGACAGCUAAUGAAGAAGAACAGAAUCCAGAGCAAACAGAGAAUCUGGGCUCUGAUGACCUGAACUACGCAGCAGUGACUUUUCAAACAAAGGCAAAAAGAAGAGCGCCAGAGCCAAAUGUGAUCUACGCUGCCACCAGAUAA